CACUAAAGGAAAAAUCAUUCUGGGAUAAACAAACCAUAGGGUGACAUACAAAAAUUCCUUUAAACAAAAGCAAUAUUAUGCAAUUUUAAGAGAGUCAAAAUGGAAAACCAAGAAAAACGCAAGGGUUUCGGGGCACUUCUUCAAAAACUCAACUGCAUUGCUGUAACAGGACAGUUGGUGACAGGAGCAGCACUUGUGAUUGGCUGUGUCAUUUUAAGGCAAAAUGGUUAUUCUUCCAUUGAAAAUAUGGACCAAUCCUUGUCCAAUGUCAAUGUAUCUUCAUUAGGAUCCUACAGUGAAGGACUGAGAAACCAGAAUGACUAUGCUCUUGUUCUUCUUGUAUUUGCUUCGAUUGACAUGACUGUAAACCUCUUUAACAUCGUGUUUUGGAUUGUUUAUGUACAACAUUGUAAAUAUGAUGAGAAAUGUAUGUGUUGGAAAUGGACAAAUGAACUUAAAACUUUAAAAACGUCCUUGGGCUUUAUCGCGUAUAUGGUAGUCUUAACAGUAAUAAUCUUAUACCUGGACAAGUUAUCAUCAGUGAGGAAUCUGGAUUUCGAGAAGGAUAAACCAAACAUAAAACAAGCAAUGAAGACUUCAUUGACAAAAAACUUUCGCAGCGACAACGUUUCCAGUCCAUAUGAAACUUCAAACGAAUGGAAUAAAUUUUUUAUGAAGGUAUUCGAGCAUCAAUGUUGUGGAGUUGACAUUGUGUCUGGUACAACAAACGACUUUGAUACUACUCCGUGGUGUACUACAUCAGGAUCCUGUCAACAGACCAAUUCUCAGAUUCCAAAGACAUGCUGUAAAUACUCCACGAUAGAAGACUAUGAUUCAGCAAGAAGUAAUUGCCAUGCAUCUGUUAGUAGUGAUUCAUAUUAUGAAAUGGGAUGCAUUCAAAAGGUUCAGGAGAAAUUUCAACGACUGAAAGAAUUAAGGAAAGAAUUAAUUCGCAACAUUAUUUACGAAGGGGGUGCAACAGCUGUUCUUGUGAUCGUUUCAAUUCUUUCAUCAAUGUGGACAAUUAUGAAAGGAAUCAAAAGAAUUUGCAAAAAAGAAAACUCUGCAGCACCAGUGUAAUACUACAAUGACCAGCGAAGGAGAAAAUUCAGAACAGUAUCUUUAUUAUGCUUGUGUACACAGUUAUUACCUACCCAUCUUAAAAUUUCAUUUAUCAUAUACUUAGUAAUAAAUACGUCUAUUCAAGUCUGGUCCGAAAACCUAUAUCACGUAUCAGAUUGGUGGGCAAAAAUGCAAAUUAGUAAAUAAUCAGAAAUUUUGAUUCUCUCCCAGUGUUCUAGACUCUCUUUCCUGAGGUUGACAUCAAACGAAAUUUCGGUAGGUUUAUUCAGGUUUUCCCUCAUGAUUAACCAUUGAUUUCCUAACAUUUUUUCGAUCAAUCAAAUUGCGCGUUUAAACCAUAUAUGUCGUUGUGAAUAAACAUGGCACAUGCCGGUACCAAAGAGAUAAAACUCCUUCAUUAGUAAAUGAUUCAGUAUUAAUUGUUUUAUAAUAUUGUUCUUCAGUUUUAAACAGUCAUGCCAAUUUUGGUUUCAAUUUUGAGGGUACUAUCCAAAAAACAAACUGAUUUUUUCUCCAAAAUUUAUCUUCUAUACAUUAGGCACCAUAGUGAAUCCAAAUAUUAGGAAUUUUCGAGUCCCAUUUGCAUUUCUUAUGUAGAUUAAAUAAAGUUUUUUAAAAAAAAUCUGUAUUUCCCAAGCUACUCAAAUAAACUGCCUCAAAAUUUCAAUAUCAAUCAAACCAAUUUUUGUUCAUUAUUUUGAGUAUUUUAUGUAUCUGGAUGUACCAG